GUUCCAUUUUCAAAUUCCAAAUUACGUAUAUGAGAUUACCAAAAUCCACUAUCUUAUUUCAUGAAUCCAAAUUCCUUCUAAUAAACCCAAUUCACAAGCAAAAUGGCGAUCGAUUUCAAGCUAGAGUCCUCUAAAUUCAAUGGCGCAAAGGAGGAAAAUCGAGACCCCCGUUACAACUAAACCCGAUAUUGGUCUCGAUUUGCAACAAGUGGCUACUGAUGUUGCUAAACUUUAUCAAGAAUCCCUGAAUUUGCGACCCAUUUCUUUUGAUGCUGGUCGAAGACAUUCCCUUACGAAAGCAUACGAAUGGAUUUCAUCGCAAAUUCAGGUGGGAAAAUCAGUUACUUCAACCGACAUUAUCACCUACGUGCAGAAUGAGCUCGAUAGUUUGCCAACCGAUCCUCAUCUGAACGGGGCUUCCUCUAGCUCGACGGCUUCCAUUGAAAACAACGAACCAGGUGAGAACGCGCCUCAAGAUAUGGAAGAGGACCCUCCCCAUGUUUAGCUUCAACAAUCUUGAUUUCAUUAUUUUCAUGAUCUCAAAUAUAUGAUUCAGGAUCUUGAGUUUUAAUUGAACAAUUUAAUGCUUAUAACAUAUAUGUUAGGAUCUUGUGAGGGUACUUAGGUAAUUUCACAUGCAUGAACUCCAAAUCUUAAAUAUUA